AUGUCUGACAACGAAGGCCAUUCCGGAGGCGCCGCUCCCGAUGACGAUCUCUCCUUGCCCAAGGCCACAGUAGCCAAAAUGAUCACCGAGCUUUUGCCCAGCGACGUCGUUUGUGCCAAAGAGACGCGUGAUCUCGUCAUAGAAUGUUGUGUAGAAUUCAUCCACCUGAUAUCCUCCGAAGCAAAUGAGAUCUGCGAGCAAGAGAACAAGAAGACAAUAGCUCCUGAGCACAUUAUUUCUGCGUUAACCCGUCUCGGCUUCACGAGUUUUGCGCCAGAAGUUGAGAGCGUGCUGAAAGAUCACAAACAACAACAGAAGGAUCGGGAGAAGAAGGUGUCGAAGUUCGAGCAAUCUGGACUAACAGAGGAAGAGCUGUUGGCGAAGCAAGAAGAACUUUUCGCCGCCAGUCUUGCGAGAUAUCGUUCAGGACAGCAAUGA